AUGGCCAGCAGUACUUCCGCCUCCUCCUCUAUCGGUACCAACAGCGCCUUAGUUUCCACCAACGUUGUUGCUGCAUCUUCUGUCUCUGCCACCACUAGUAGCAGUGCCUCCAAAAACAGCACUAGCACAAGUGCUUCCAAGAACGCUGCCCCAGGUAUGGUCGUUAAUCCUGUCUCCUGGAAAUAUGGUAUCGUCAUGGCUGCCUUUGCUGCCGGUUCUUUUGUUCUAGGUGCCGGUAUCUAA